AUGACGUGCAAUCCAAAUUGGCAAGAAAUUUCAAAUGAAUUACGCCUGCAUGAGGAGAGUCAAAAUCGGCCUGAUUUGGUUGCUCGGGUCUUUCGAGCAAAAUUAGAAGAAUUAAAGGAUCGAUUAUUCAAGCAGCAGAUAUUUGGAAAAGUCUCGGCAUAUGUUUAUGUUAUUGAGCACCAAAAAAGAGGGCUUCCACAUGCGCAUUUUUUAAUUAUAUUACAAAGGAAUUGGAAACUCUAUGCGCCUGAAUCUUUUGAUGAGAUUGUAUCAGCAGAAAUACCUGAUAAAAAUAAAAAUUUGCACUUGCAUAAUGCUGUUAUCAAGCAUAUGAUGCAUGGACCAUGUGGAGUGUUGAAUCCAACAAAUGUUUGCAUGAAAAAAAAUGGUUGUUGCAAAAGCCAAUAUCCAAAAAGUUAUGCAUCAGGUACGACUGUUGGAAAUGAUUGCUUCCCAAUAUAUAAGCAUUCUGACAAUGGAAUAACUGUCAAACUGAGAGGCCAUAAUUUGGAUAACCGUUGGGUCGUUCCAUAUAAUCCAUAUUUGCUUGCAACAUUUGACUGUCACAUUAAUGUGGAGAUUUGUUCUACGAUAAAAGCAGUCAAAUAUCUUUAUAAGUACGUUUACAAAGGGCAUGAUCGUGUUGCUUUCAAUUUGGUUUCCGAACAAACCAAUCAACAAAUUGACGAAAUCCAACAAUUCCAAUCGGCCCAAUCGAUUGCUUCACCUGAAGCUAUGUGGAGAAUAUACGGCUUCAUUGUUAAUGAAAUGUACCCAUCAGUAUAUAGCUUACAUUUACAUCUUGAGGAUAAACACCAAGACAUUGUUAUACAAAGAAUUUCCAGAAUUUUAUGUUUGGAGCCAACAAUACAAAGAGUGGACUCGUCGGAAAAAAAAACUGUUAUAGGUCGAAUUGUUACAGCAAAUCCAUUUGAAGGUGAGAGGUAUUAUUUGCGGAUAUUGCUAAAUCAUGUAAGAGGACCUUUGUCGUUUGAAGAUCUUAGGACAGUUGAUGGUGUCGUGGCUCCAACAUUUCGUGAGGCAGCAACUAUGCAUGGUUUGCUACAAAGAGACAGUAGCUUACAAGAUUGUUUACAUGAAGCAUCUCUAUAUCAAAUGCCGUCCAGUUUGAGACGACUAUUUGCAACUAUUUUGGUUUAUUGUAAUCCAACCAAUCCGAGAGAGCUUUGGGAACAUUUUGAGCAAGAUAUGUCAGUUGAUUUUAGGUCGACUGAAGAUUCUAUGUCGGAUGUAAGAAUGCAAGUUUUGCGGUCAAUCUCUUUUACACUUGAAUCAAUGGGGAAAGACAUUAAUUCGUUCCAUCUUCUUGAUGACAACAUUUGUUUUGGUGAAGACCAACUCGAAUCUAGGGAAAUCGAUGAUAAAUUGGCUGUUGAAAUUCCAGAAGAAGAUAUUGUUGCAUCAGAAGCCCUUAAUAGUAAACGACAUGUCUAUAAUUCAGUUUUGGGAAAGGUUUUUUCUAAUGAAGCUGCUACAUUCUUUGUCGACGGCCUUGCUGGGACGGGGAAGACAUUCCUGUACAAGGCACUUCUUGCCGCAAUAAGAUCAAGAAAAUUAGUCGCACUUGCAACUGCUUCAUUUGGUGUUGCUGCAUCCAUCCUUCCUAGAGGUCGAAUAGCACACUCGCGCUUUAAGAUUCCACUAGAUACUGAUGAACAUAGCAUAUGUUGUGUCAGUAAACAAAGUGCCAUCGCAAAGUUACUACGUGUGGCAAGGUUAAUUAUAUGGGAUGAGGCCCCUAUGUCAAGAAAACAACAUAUUCAAGCAUUAGAUAAAAUGUUACGAGACAUUAAUGAUUCAGAGUUAACAUUCGGUGGAAAAGUUGUCAUUUUUGGUGGAGAUUUUCGCCAGGUUUUACCUGUGGUUCGUAAAGGAACAAGACAAGAACAUGUUGACGCCAGUUUGGUUUCUUCUUACUUGUGGCCUACAUUGAUCAAGUUUCAUUUGACUGAAAAUAUGCGAGCAAGAUUGGAUCCAGUCUUUUCAGAAUAUGUGUUAGAAUUGGGCAACGGAAUGCCACCAAUCACAGUUGAUGAAACUAUAAAAAUUCUUGAUGGCAUGCUUGUUCCUUACGAAGAUGACUGUACUUCUUUGGAUCAUUUAAUAGAUGCUGUUUUCCAUGAUAUUCAUGAAUAUUUAAUAAAUAUUUCAGCUAUGAUGAAUCGGGCCAUAUUAACACCAAAGAACAGUUAUGUUGAUGAAAUAAAUGCAUUACUAAUUCAUAGAUUUCCUGGUGAGCUUAAGCGAUAUUAUAGCUUUGAUGAAGCAAUAGAUACAUCUGAACAGUCAAUUAUGGAAGAUUUUUUAAAUACUCUAACCCCAAAUGGACUUCCUCCUCAUGAAUUGUUACUGAAGAUAAACUGUCCUAUCAUGCUGCUUAGAAACAUUAAUCCUUCAGAAGGACUAUGCAACGGAACACGUCUAAUUUGUCUGGCUUUUGAUCAAAAUGUCAUUGAUGCAAAAAUCGCAGUUGGGCAUCACAGCGGAAAAGGCUUUAAAGAUGCGGACGGUUUAUACAUCGAUAAAAGAUAUCACUCCAAGUACAAGAGACUGGAAAAUCAAAAUGAUUGUGGCAGAAAAUCAUAUUACAUCAGUAAUGCAUAUGUGAAGCCAUUGGAUCCGAAGUAUAGAAUUGAAACAUAUGAAUAUCAAUGGAUCUUAAAUGCUAAAACGAUAAUUGAGGAAGUUCCAAAGGAUGAAAGACAAUUGGAGCCACCAAAGUACCAACUCAUUUCAUUCAAUGAAUUAGAUGCCUACAAGAAUUCAAUUGCAGAAAUAGGAUUAUCUCUAUCAUCACGUCCGAAAAGUAAAUUUAUGAUCAAUCCUGUUAUUCCUGAGACAACUUCAUUCUGCCGAGCAUAUGUUGAACUCGACGAUAAUACAGGAAGACUAUCUGCUGUUAUGUUUGGUGAAGUUGUAGAAGAAGCAUUCGGUUGUUUAGCAGUUGAGCUUAUGAAUCAUACUGGAGAUGAACAUUUGUCAUAUAUAGAAAAUCUUGUGGCACAAGUUUCACAGAAAGAGUGGAAGAUUGUACUUCUUGCAGACCUCGAUCGACUCAACCAAAAGCAGUUCAAGAAUUUCAAUGUCGUCUCUAUUGAUGCUGUACAGGAUGACACAAAAUGA